GGCCAACCUGCCUGGAUGAGUCGCGUUGGGCGCAAUUGCAUUGUGGGGAGGGAGGCUGGGGCUCGGCAGGGGCAUACUCCUGGCACUGCCGGCUGCUCCUCGGCCCCAGGACAAUGCCCCCCACGGCUGUCUUGUGCCUGUCACCACUGCCCUGGGGCAGCUGAAACGAGGAGACGUGCCUCCGUGGGUGCCACGCCACUGGGAGGGCCCUUCUGCUGCUCCCCUUCUCAGCGGCACCUGUGAUGGCUCCCUGGCCUCCCUUCAGCCCCCAUGUCCUGCUCGUGCUGCUGCAGUUGCUGUGCCCAGUGCUGCCCUUGACCCAGGCCCAUCACUUCUCUGCACCCAACACCACCUUCAACCGCUUGGCACUGGCACCAGGCCAAGGCACGCUCUACGUCGGUGCUGUAAACCGCCUCUUCCAGCUCAGCCCCCAGCUGCAGCUCAAGUCUAUGGCUGUCACUGGCCCUGUCUUCGACAGCCCCGACUGUGUGCCUUUCCACGACCCAGCUGAGUGCCCACAAGCCCGGCUCACCAACAAUGCCAACCAGCUGCUGCUGGUAAGCAGCCGGUCCCGGGAGCUGGUGGCCUGCGGGCAGGUACGGCAGGGUGUGUGUGAAAAGCGAAGCCUUGAAGAUGUGGCCAAGGUGCUAUACCAGGCCGAGGACCCUGGUGAUGGGCAGUUUGUGGCCGCCAAUACCCCAGGAGUGGCCACGGUGGGCCUGGUGGUGCCUGCGCCAGGCCGUGACCUCCUGCUGGUGGCCAGAGGCCUGGCAGGCAAGCUGUCGGGAGGGGUGCCGCCCCUGACUGUGCGCCAGCUGGCGGGACCUCAGCCCUUCUCCAGCGAGGGCCUGGGCCGCCUCGUGGUGGGCGACUUCUCCGACUACAACAACAGCUACGUGGGGGCCUUUGCUGACACUCACUUCGCUUACUUUGUCUUCCGCCGCCGUGGGGCCCGGGCACAGGCAGAGUACCACUCCUAUGUGGCCCGGGUCUGUCUGCGGGAUGCCAACCUUUACUCGUACGUGGAGGUGCCCCUCACCUGCCAGGGCCAGGGCCUCAUCCAGGCGGCCUUUCUCACCCCCGGCACCUUGCUGGGGACAUUCGCCGCAGGCCCAAGGGGGGCACAGGCGGCCCUGUGUGCCUUUCCCCUGGCUGAGCUGCAUGGGAGCAUGGAGCAGGCCCGGCGCCUUUGCUACACGGCAGGUGGCCGGAGCCCCAGCGGCAAGGAGGAGGCCACCGUGGAGUAUGGUGUCACGUCACGCUGCGUCACUUUGCCCCCUGACUCCCCCGAGUCAUACCCCUGUGGUGAUGAGCACACCCCCAGCCCCAUUGCUGGGCGCCAGCCCCUGGAGGCCAGGCCCCUGCUGAGGCUUGGGCAGCCCAUCAGUGCCGUUGCAGCCCUCCAGGCAGAUGGGUACACAAUAGCUUUCCUGGGGGACACCCAGGGCCAGCUGCACAAGGUCUUUCUCAACGGCUCCCAAGGCCAGGUAUACCAUUCCCAGCAAGUGGGGCCUCCAGGCUCGGCCGUCAGCCGGGAUCUGCUGGUGGAUGGCAGCGGCAACCACCUCUACGUUCUUACAGCCCAGCAGGUGGACCGGGUGCCCGUGGCAGCCUGCCCCCAGUUCUCUGACUGUACCAGUUGCCUCCAGGCCCGGGACCCACUAUGUGGCUGGUGUGUCCUCCAGGGCAGGUGUACCCGCAAGGCCCAGUGCGGGCAGGCAGCGCAGCCCAGCCGGUGGCUGUGGAGCUGUGAGGAGAACAGCCACUGCCCUCACAUCCAGAGCCUGCUGCCCACCCACCACCCCCGCCAGGAGCAGGGCCAGGUUACUUUGUCUGUCUCCCGGCUGCCCACCUUGGCCACAGACGAAUACCUACAUUGUGCCUUUGCGGACUAUGACAGCUUAGCUCACGUGGAAGGGUCCCACGUGACCUGUGUCACCCCUCCCCAAGACCAGCUGCCACUUAACCCUCCAGGCACAGACCACAUCACAUUGCCCCUGGCCCUGAUGUUUGAGGAUGUGGCCGUCGCUGUCACUGACUUCUCCUUCUAUGACUGCAGUGCUGUCCAGGCCUUGGGAGCAGCUGCCCCGUGCCGAGCUUGUGUGGGCAGCCUCUGGCAGUGCCACUGGUGCCCACAGAGCAGCCGCUGCACAUACGGAGAGCACUGCCCCGAGGGCGAGAGGACCAUCUACAGUGCCCAGGAGGUGCACACCCAGGUGCGUGGCCCAGGGGCUUGUCCCCGGGUCGAGGGCCUGGCAGGUCCCCCCCUGGUGCCCGUGGCCUGGGAGAGCCGUUUGGCCCUGCGUGUGAGGAACCUUCAGCAUUUCCGAGGCCUGCCUGGCUCCUACCACUGCUGGCUGGAGCUGCCUGGAGAACUGCAGAGGCUGCCAGCCUCCCUAGAAGAGACGGUUGGGGAUGCGGGCCUCAUCUACUGCCAAGCCCAUCAGUUCCACCCCUCCAUGGCCCAGCAGGAGCUCCCCGUGCCCAUCUAUGUCACCCGGGGUGAGGGCCAGCGGCUAGACAAUGCACAGACUCUUCAUGUGACCCUGUAUGACUGCGCUGUGGGCCACCCUGACUGCAGCCACUGCCAGGCGGCCAACAGGACUCUGGGCUGCGUGUGGUGCAGCCACAACCAGCCCACCUGUCGCUACGGGCCGCUGUGCCCACCCGGGACAGUGCAGCUGCUGUGUCCCACACCCAGCAUUGACAUGAUUGAGCCCCUGACUGGCCCCCCUGAGGGUGGCUUGGCCCUCACCAUCCUGGGCUCCAACCUGGGCCGGGACUUUGCCGAUGUGCAGGGUGCCGUGAGUGUGGCUGGCCGGCCCUGCAGCCCUGACCCCUUUCUCUACCGCAUCUCUGCCCGGAUUGUGUGUGUGACAUCUCCUGCCCCCAGCGGCACCACGGGGCCAAUCCAAGUGGCCAUUGAGAGUCGGCCACCGGGUAUCUCAACCCAGCACUUCACCUACCAGGACCCCAUCCUGCUGAGCCUGAGCCCCCGGUGGGGCCCCCAGGCAGGAGGCACCCAGCUCACCAUCCGAGGACAGCACCUCCAGACAGGAGGCAACAUCAGUGCCUUUGUAGGCAGCCAGCCCUGCCCUAUACAGGAGCCAGUGUGUCCGGAGGCCAUUGUGUGCCACACCAUGCCCCAGGCCAACCCAGGAGAGGCGGUGGUCCGUGUAGUCUUUGGCCAUGCCCAGCGCACACUGCUCACCAGCCCCUUCCGCUAUACUGCCAACCCCCAGCUGGUGGUGGCGGAGCCAAGCGUCAGCUUCCGGGGGGGUGGGCGGCUGAUUCGAGUCAGAGGCACGGGCCUGGACGUGGUGCAGCAGCCCCUGCUGUCUGUGUGGCUGGAAGCCGAGGAAGCGAUGCAGGCUGCAGGGACCCCACCCUGGAACCCAAGUCCAAGGAAGAGCUGCAGUGCUCCCGCUGCAGCUCCCCGGGCUUGUGUGCAGGUUGGGGGGGGCUUGCUGCAGUGCUCCACCAUCUGCUCCGUCAACUCGUCCAGCCUCCUCCUGUGCCGGAGCCCCGCCGUGCUGGAUGGGGCACGCCCCCUGAGGGUCUUCUUCACUCUAGACAACAUGCACGUGGACUUCGCCAGCACCAAUGGGGGCCAGGACUUCCUGUACCAGCCCAACCCCCGCCUCGUCCCCCUUAGCCGCGAGGGGCCUGCCCGUCCUUAUCGCGUCAAGCCGGGCAACGUCCUGGACGUAGAGGGCGAAGGCCUCAGCCUGGGGAUCAGCAAGGAGGAGGUGCGCGUGCAGAUCGGCAACGGAGAGUGCCUGGUAAAGACACUCACACUCACCCACCUGUACUGUGAGCCGCCUCCACAGGCACCACAACCCGUCAAUGGUUCCAGCACCCUGCCUCGGUUCGUGGUACAGAUGGGCAACGUGCGGCUGGACCUGGGCCCUGUCCAGUACGAGGCUGAGCCUGUGCUCUCCGCCUUCCCCGUGGAGGCCCAGGUGGGCCUGGGCGUAGGCGCUGCCGUGCUGGUUGCUGCUGUGCUCCUCCUCACCCUCAUGUACAGGCACAAGAGCAAGCAGGCCUUGCGGGACUACCAGAAGGUUCUGGUCCAGCUGGAGAACCUGGAGAUUGGCGUGGGGGACCAAUGCCGCAAGGAGUUCACAGACCUGAUGACCGAGAUGACAGACCUCAGCAGUGACCUGGAGGCCAGCGGAAUCCCCUUCCUGGAUUACCGCACAUAUGCUGAGCGCGUCUUCUUCCCUGGGCAUGGCAGCUGCCCGCUACAGCCCACGUUCGAGGGGCCUGGGGAAGAGGGCCGCCGUGCCCCUCUGUGCCAGGGCCUCACACAGCUCUCCAACCUGCUCAACAGCAAGCUCUUCCUCCUCACGCUCGUCCGCACCCUGGAGGAGCAGCCCAGCUUCUCCCAACGGGACCGCUGCCACGUGGCUUCGCUGCUGUCCCUGGCACUGCACAGCAAGCUUGAGUAUCUGACUGACAUCAUGAGGACGCUGCUUGGUGACCUGGCCGCCCAUUAUGUGCACAAAAACCCCAAGCUCAUGCUGCGCAGAACGGAGACCAUGGUGGAAAAGCUGCUCACCAACUGGCUGUCCAUCUGUCUCUAUGCCUUCCUGAGGGAGGUGGCUGGUGAGCCACUGUACAUGCUCCUUCGGGCCAUCCAGUACCAGGUGGACAAGGGCCCUGUGGAUGCCGUGACUGGCAAGGCGAAAAGGACCCUGAACAACAGCCGCUUGCUGCGGGAGGACGUGGAGUUCCGGCCCCUGACACUGAUGGUACUGGCGGGCCCAGAGGUUGCCGGGGCCACAGGGAGCAGCAUGGUGCAGCGUGUGCCUGCCCGGGUGCUCGACACAGACACCAUCACCCAGGUCAAGGAGAAGGUGUUGGACCAAGUCUACAAGGGCACCCCCUUCUCCCAGAGGCCCUCAGUGCAUGCCCUAGAUCUCGAGUGGCGGUCAGGCUUGGCUGGCCAUCUAACCCUGUCAGAUGAGGACCUGACCUCAGUGACCCAGAACCACUGGAAGAGACUCAACACCCUGCAACACUACAAGGUUCCCGAUGGAGCCACAGUGGGGCUCAUCCCCCAGCUGCACAAUGGAGGUGCCAUCUCCCAGAGCCUGGCCCAGAGCUGCCCCUUUGGGGAGAACAUCCCCAUGCUGGAGGACAGUGAGGAGGGCGGUGUCCACGUCUGGCACCUGGUGAGAGCCACCGAGGAGCCAGAAGGGGCCAAGGUGCGGCGUGGCAGCCUGCGGGAGCGGGAGCGGGCACAGGCCAAGGCCAUUCCAGAAAUCUACCUCACCCGCUUGCUUUCCAUGAAGGGCACACUGCAGAAGUUUGUGGAUGACGCCUUCCAGGCCAUCCUCAGUGUGAAUCGACCUGUGCCCAUUGCUGUCAAGUACCUGUUUGACUUCCUGGAUGAGCUGGCAGAGAAGCAUGGCAUUGAGGACCCAGAGACCUUACACAUCUGGAAGACUAACAGCCUGCUGUUGCGGUUCUGGGUAAACACCCUGAAAAACCCACAACUCAUCUUUGACGUGCGGGUGUCGGACAACGUGGAUGCCAUCCUGGCGGUCAUCGCGCAGACCUUCAUGGACUCCUGCAGCAUCUCGGAGCAUAAAGUGGGCCGGGACUCCCCAGUGAACAAACUGCUCUACGCCCGGGAGAUCCCUCGCUACAAGCAGAUGGUGGAGAGAUACUACUGUGACAUUCGUCAGAGCUCCCCAGCGAGCUACCAGGAGAUGAACUCGGCUCUGGCUGAGCUCUCUGGGAACUACACCUCUGCUCCCCACUGUCUGGAAGCUCUGCAAGAACUCUACAAGCACAUCCAUAGGUAUUAUGACCAGGGGGCCUUCCUCUGUCCUGGCAGAUCAUCAGUGCCCUGGAGGCGGAUCCUGUGGGCCAGAAGAUGCAGCUGGCCUGCCGCCUGCAGCAGAUCGCCGCUCUGGUGGAAAACAAGGUGACUGACCUGUGAGCUCACAGGUCACCCUCACAGCGGGAACCCCAUGCCCACCGGGCUGGACAACAGCCAGGAGGACCUGCCGCCACAGUGCCUUAUGACCCCCGCAUUGAACCAGCAACCAAGGAGGGGCCAGCUGUGAGUGGGAGGGGGUCGCCCCCCCCCAGGAGGCUCCAUGCCGCCUCUCACAGCCUGCUCUUCCUUCCCUGACCUGGGCUUCUCUCUAAUUUAUAGCAAUCCUUACCCCUCCCCACCCUGCCACUGUAUUUAUUUGCUUGCAGAGAAUCACAUCUGGAAAUAAAAUAGAAAUACAUCUUUUUACGAAAAAA